AUUUGAAUUUCAUGAAUAGGUCACAAUCUCCUAUAAAUGACAGUCGUAGUCAUAGUGCAUCUAAAAGAUAUGUAUCUCCAAAUGAAAGAUAGAAUACUUAAGAGAAUGAACAAGUAACUAAAUUUAAAUAUUAAUAUCAGAAUCAUAGAAAAUUACCAACUACUUAAUAAGUGAAAUCUAAAAUUAUUAAUGUUGAUCAAUCUGAUAUUGGUAGUAUAUUGGGUGAAGUCAAUGUUAAUAAUACUAGUAAAAUGUCCAAUAUGACCUAAUUUGCUAAUUUCAUGUAUGUACCAUGUCCAACACAUCCAGAAUUUUUUAUAACUAAUCUAUGUUAGGAUCAAGUAUGUUGUAUUUUAUAUCAAGAAUUGUAUUGAACCUCUUUGUCCAGAAUGUAUUAAUGAACAUCUUGAAAUGCAUUAAGCAAAAGGAAGAGUACCUAAAUUAGAAAAUAUUCAAAGAGUCAGAAAAGAUAAUACUUAUAAGAUAGAUGAACUAUCAAAAUCAUUGUAAUUUAAAUUGCAAGAUUCUAAAAAGUAUUUUUAAGAAUAACCAUCUAUACUAUAUAAUAAUAAUCUUGAAUAAUUAAGAUAAAUACAUGAAUAAAUAUCAAAUAUAAUAGAUGAUUAUUUUGAAACAUUGUACAAAGAUUUAAAAGAAUAAAAUUAAGAUGAAUAUAUGAAAUAAUUAAAUUAAAUAGAAUAAGAUAUCCUAUAAUAACAAAAUAAACUUACUAAAUUAUAAGAAGAUUUACACAAUGAUAAUUAUGUUAGGGCUGUCAUUUAAAUAUGUGAUGGCAAGUAAGAACUAUUCACUGAUAAGAGUUUAAUAUCUUUAGAUAAAUUAAUACAAAAUUAUUAGUAAUCUUAAAUCAAAAUAAUAUUCGAUAAAAAUAAUAUUGAAUUAUUUUAAACAUACUGUAAAAAAAUGUGUUAUUUUAUCAAAAAUACAUAAUAAAUAAAUACUUAAUAAAGUACUAAUACUAAUAAGAGUCUUAAAAUUGAAGAUAAAUUAAAUCAAUCUACAAUGAAAUUAAAUCAUAUUUCUGAAAUACCACCUCCACUUAUCAAUCCAAUAACAUUGAUUUCUGAAAGUCUUACUAAUGAUGAAGCAAAAUAUUAAAUUAAUCAUUUAAAUCACUUUGAAGAUGGCAAACCAUAAGUAUUAGUAAGAUUAGAAGAAGGUGGUUAUGCAGCAUAUAUAUAUGACAUAUAAUCUUAAUAAUAUAAGAUUGAAACUAUCAAUAGUACAAUUAAGGUUCCAUUAUUUCAUAGAUUAUAUACUACUUCUUCAGGUAAACAUUUAGUUAUUGGGGGUGUUGAUAGAGAUAAAUCAAGAUUCAAAGCAAUUGCUUCAGUAUAUGAAUUUAAUCACACUAAUUUAUAAAUGACUUUACAUUCAGAAAUGGUAUUGCCUAGAUCAAUGACAUCUGCUUGUUAAGUUGAUAAUUUCUUAUUUGUAGUAGGUGGAUCAUCAACUAAUGAUGAGAAUACAUCAAUGGCUAAAGCUGAAAAAUUGGAUUUAAGUACUAAGAGAUGGUAAACUAUUGAUGAUCCUUACUUUAAAUGUAGUGGAUGUGCUUUGGUUGCAAUUGAUAAAAAUACAUUAUUUAAAAUAGGAGGUAAAUGUGAUAUCUUUACUCCAUGCAAUUCAAUUGAAUCCUAUGAUAUUUAAAAGAACUCUUGGGUAUUAUGUGUUAUAUAAUGAAUUUUAGACAAAAAUAGAAUUCAAAUUUUUAUCUAAUGGAUAUUUAAGAUUACCAUUUAAUAGUUGUGCCAUUAAGACAUCAUAUGAUCAAAUACUUAUUCUUGGUGGAUCAGUACAUGAUGUUAAGAGUAAUGAAACAUAGGUAUUUGAUUUGAAUUAUUAUUUAGAUUCUUAAUAUAAAGACUAAGACUUUAUAGAAAUCAAAAGAAUUACCAAAUUCUAUUGAAUUUAAUACUUAAAGUGCUAUUGUAUAAUUCAAUAAUGUUUAUGUAUUAACAGAGAAUGAAUAACCUUUGUUAUUUGGUAAUUAAAAUGGAUUUAAAUAUUAAUGA